CUCCUGCCAGCAGCCAGAAGGAGCGGAGCCUCGGCUGGCUCCUGUCGAGUGCAGAAGCAAGACCAAAAGGACUGAGCUAAGGAAGCUGGGUGGGGGCGGGAGGAAGGUGCCACUGGGCACCCAAAGGUGGUCUUGUCCACCUACUCAGCCAUGGAAGGGCCGUGCCGCUUGCUGCUGCUGCUGCUGCUGCUGCUCUUAGGGGUGUCCAUGGGGGAAGUGACAGAAGAUUGUGCUACUAAUCUUUACACCGAGAGUGGCGAGUGCUGUCGAGCAUGCAACCUGGGUGAAGGUGUGGCCCAGCCCUGUGGGGUCAACCAGACUGUCUGUGAGCCUUGCCUAGACAGUGUGACUUUCUCCGACACAAUCAGUGCCACGGAGGCCUGCAAGCCGUGCACUGAGUGUGUGGGGCUGCAGAGCAUGUCGGCGCCUUGCGUGGAGGCCGACGACGCUGUGUGCCGCUGUGCCUACGGAUACUACCAAGACGAAGAGUCGGGGCUCUGCAAACCUUGCAGCGUGUGCGAGCCUGGCUCUGGCCUUGUCUUCUCCUGCCAAGAUAAGCAGAAUACUGUCUGCGAAGUGUGUCCGGAGGGGACCUACUCAGAUGAGGCGAAUCACGUGGAUCCCUGCCUGCCCUGCACAGCCUGCGAAGAGACAGAGCGAGAGACCCGGGAAUGUACCCGAUGGUCAGACAGGGAGUGUGAGGAGAUCCCAGCCCGCUGGACAACUCGGACCACACCUUUAUUGGGCUCUGACAGCCCGCCCCCAAUCACCCAGGACCUUCCUGAGCCCCCAGAGCCUGAAGCCGAGGCCAGCACGGUGGCUGACGUGGUGACCACUGUGAUGGGCAGCUCCCAACCUGUAGUGACCCGAGGUACCACCGACAAUCUCAUCCCUGUCUACUGCUCCAUCCUGGCUGCGGUGGUCGUGGGUCUGCUGGCCUACAUUGUUUUCAAGAGGUGGAACAGCUGCAAGCAGAAUAAGCAGGGCGCCAACAAUCGGCCUGUGAACCAGACUCCGUCGCCAGAAGGGGAGAAGCUCCAUAGUGACAGUGGCAUCUCUGUGGACAGCCAGAGCCUCCAUGACCAGCAGCCUCAGACUCAGACAGCUCAAGUCCAAGCUCUCAAGGGGGAUGGAGGUCUCUACAGCAGCCUCCCUGCAGCCAAACGGGAAGAAGUGGAAAAGUUGCUCAACAGCUCAUCGGGAGACACCUGGAGACACCUGGCUGGGGAGCUGGGCUACUUGCCUGAGCAUAUAGACUCCCUCAACCGAGAGGACUGCCCUGUCCGGGCUCUGCUCGAUAGCUGGGCUGCCCAGGACAGCGCCACCCUGGAUGCCCUCUAUGCCGCCUUGCGCCGGAUCCAGAGGGGGGACAUCGUGGAGAACCUCUACAGCGAGUCCACUGCCACCUCCCCAGUCUGAGCAGCCACCGGGGCUCCCCUCCCUCCCCUCCACCCCCUCCCCUCAGCAUCCCACGGGGCGGAGCCCUUCAGAUGGGAAGGAAACUGGAGAGGGAGGAGAAAAGUCCUUCUACCCAAGGGGACAUUCACCUCUUGGCUAAUGGUUACCCACUGGGGGGUCUUCUCCCUCACUCCCUCAGCAGGUCCUCAGGCCCCCUUUUAGACUGUCUGACACUCGAGCCAAACCCCCAAGGAGCUCCACUGAGAGUGAGCCCCCUUCUCUCCAGAGAGUGGAGGCCAGAAGUCAGGGAGUGGGCUUCCAGGUCUUUUCCUCACUUCCCUUCUCCUGACCAUCCUGAUUUUCACCUGUGAUAGCGUCUGCUCCACCCUCAUCUCCACCUUCCUCUCUCUCUGUGUGGCUCCCUCUCUACCCCUC